UAUGCCUAAAGGGCAAUGCGGGUGCAGUCACUUUAAAAAGGACACUGUACCCGAGAUGUGUAUCUGAGUCGGUGGUCACCUGUCUUACCUGCCUUGUGUCACGCCUGUAAGAAACCUCCCGAUUGUACAGGAAACGUCACUGAAUAACUGAUUCUCUCUGUCCCGCGGCUCUUCACCGUUGUCCCGGUAACCGACAGACACCGACGUCCGAAUUUCUGCAGCCCUUUCAACAACUUGAACGUGAUUGAUUCGCCGUAAAAUCAACCAAAAGGUGAAGCCAUUCGUGUAACAAGGACGCGUCCACCCAACCGCCCCCCUCCCGACUCAAGUUACAAAGCUCUCUUCUCAGACUGUCGAGCGCGGACGAGAGAAGACAACAUGUCUGCGUUUUUGGAUUUUAAGAACCCGACGUUUAGGUCGUUUGCGUUCUACUGCAUGCUCCUGGUGUUGAAGAUGUUUAUGGUGUCUAUUAUCACUGGGCAGCUAAGACUCAGCACUAAGUCGUUCUUGAAUCCAGAGGACGCCAUGCGUCAUGGUGGACCCGAGUUCGUCAGGAGUCACCCGGAUGUAGACAGGGCUGUCAGGACUCACCGUAACGACUUGGAGAACAUCCUUCCCUUCAUCCUUAUCGGGUUCUUCUACGUUCUGAGCGCCCCGAGCCCGACUGUAGCCGCCUGGCAUUUCCGCCUCUUCACCGCAGCCCGCCUCAUGCACACCGUCGCCUACCUUGCAGCUCUCAAGGCUCCCACUAGGAGUCUCUCCUACACCGCCGGACUGGUCGUCUCUAUUUCUAUGGCCGUACAAGUGGUUAUGACGUCCUUCCAGACAGAUCGUGUGGGGAACCGUUAAAAGGACAAUACGUUUCUUGUUGGUUUUUCGUCUCUUGAAGCCUGUUCGAUAAGUUGUUUGCACCAUAUAUGUGAGCUACUAGGCUAUUUAUGCCAUUUAUAGGCGUAGGCCCACAAACUACGUCCUAAACGCCAACUACUAUGGUAUCAAAAGUGGCAUUCUUCGACUUCCACUACCUUAGGAAAAGGGAGUCAGACCUAGUGAUAAGAUGACAUUUAGAGUUAACAUUUAGACCAGAUAUAGAGUAGUUGCAUGUUAUAUUGUUCUCCAUUGUCUCUUCGUCCUUAGUUCAUGUUGCUUGCAAUUAGCCUUCGGGGAAGAAUUUGUCAUAAGCAAUAAUUUAUUUCAUUCAAGUCCAUCCCACCCACUAUAGGGUAGUGUUCAUCUCUGUUGGUAUAGUCCUUGUGUUAAACUGUUGUGCAAGCACUGCAGAAUCAUAUUGUAGGGUUUCUGACUAGAUACGCACAGAAGGGAACACAUCAGGUCCUUGACAUAUGUUUUAUCAUCACAUCGUUGAGAAAUUUAUUUGCAAAGAAAUAUUCCAUAUAAGCAGUAAACAUUAAAUUGAUUUUACAUUCGUUACGUCUAUGUGGCAAGUUGUGAAGUGAUCAGCAUUUACACAUUCAUAAUGUGGGUUCACUUGUGGAUAGCACAAAACACUGCAUGGCUAGAAACACAUUUGUACAAUGACACUUUGAAUAUGAAUCAUAUACGUCCACGUCAUUCUCAUUCAUCAUUCUCGCUAUAAUAACUUUCCUUCCAAACACUUGUAGUCAAUAUUGCGUCAUUCGCUACAUUACAUAUGAUUUAAAAAAAAAUAUUACCAGUGAACAUUACUUAGUAUUUACUUUAAACUAAAUACACAAGGAUCAACUAUGUACAUACAUGUAUAUAAGUUACAAGUAAAUCGUAUCUGUGCUAGUUUACUUAGUUAGAUUUUCACAUUACAUUACAACAGUACUUUGAUAAUAUUUGACAUAAA